AUUGCACCCGAUGCAGCAAUGGAGCUGAAGAGGCGCAGUGCACUCCUUGCCAUCGAGAGCUUCUAUUAUGGACAGAAAAGAAAUGGAGCACCCGGGAAACCCGGGAAUCUUGAUACCCAAUGGAAUCUGCUUUCCAUUGGACGUGAGAAUGGUGUGCAGUUGAAGCAGCCGAAAGGUCAAGUGGUAGCGGCCGUAAUUGGCGAUCCUCUUUCUGGCAAAAGCAGCUUUCUCAAUGCACUUGCGGAAGAACUCGUAUUUCCACACAGGAACAAGAAUAAAAGUUCUCUUGUCCAGUGGGCUGUAUCGGAGGAAGUACAGAAGGGAGAAUGGCCAGCAUUGCUUUUGCGUGUGGUUGAACGGUUUCCUGCAUGGGAACCAAAAGCAUUGGCCACAGUGCGGACAUGCAAUCAAGUGAUGGGUGGCCGAUUGAAAGGCCUUCAACUUGUUGAAGUUCCCUCUCCAACAAAUCUACCGCAAGAAGAUCUCGAGGUCAUUCAUUACAUGUUGAGCAAAGUUGAUCUUGUGGUGUGCUUAAUGGACUCUCAGGCAAAAGAGCCUUUGAGUGAUGAUAUGAUGGCACUGCUGACCAAUCUGUUGGCAAUCGAAGAUGCGCCGCCUCUUCACUUUCUUUUGGCCAAAGCAGAUUUGAUAUCUCGAGAAUCCGACCGCAUCCGACUGAUUGCCAAGGCCUCUCGCAUGCUGCAGGAACGAUUGGGUCGUGGACGCAGGGGCUUUGAGAUUCUUCCCGUAUCCACUGGCGAUCUCAAUGUACUUCUUGACAUUCUGGAACUCGACAACGCCGAUGAAGCGGAUGGAGCGGAUGGAGCGGACGUUGGAGCGAAACAGGGAACGAUGGGAACUCCAAAAUGGGAUGCUGGGCGCGUGCGCACCUGGCAGCUGACGCAGGAUCUCAUCGCCCAACGCAUGAAGGAGGCACUGCAAGCCAUGGAAGUGGACGUCCAGGCAUUGAAAGGGGCCCUCGCUUUGCAGAGACAUGAUCCGCAAGCGGCCAACAACCAUUUGAUCUGGUGUGGGGCUGCUUUUGGCAUUGUGACUGCUGUGGUGCCUUUUAUUCUCGAUGAGGAAGACGCCUCGUUGGUUCCAGUCUUUAUGGCAGCUACGAUGGUCAUGGCUUGUGUUUGCCUCCUCUUGGCUUUCUUCUUGAGUCGAGGUGCCUCCAAGCCAGCCCCCGGAGUGGCUGACAUUGUGGCGGAGCAGGAGCAUUUUCUGUCCGUGGUGGAGAAGCAAUGCGAGGCAUUGAAAAACGACCACGACUUUCCAACAAAUGGAGAGAUACAGGGCGAAUCGCAACGCAAUCCAGAAGAUAGAACAGAUCGCGAAAGGGCCAUGUCCUCUAUUGGCAGUCCGGCUGGGCAAAAAGUACGACUCAAUGUAGUCGCCCUCGUUGGUGAAGGGAUAAUUGGAAAGUUUUUGGUCAGUAUUGAUGGAGAUGCUCUGGUGGAAGAUCUUGCCUCGCAGAUAAGAUCUGCUUUGGCAAGAGCCAAGGUGGAAGGGCGACUGCUGAGGCUGACCAACACUAAGCAGGCCCAGCUGCCUAGUGAAGAACGUGUAGGAGAUGCUCUGCGUGACAGUGAAGAGGUUUUGGCAGUACUCGUCAAUGAGCCUGAAGAUGAGGCGUUGAGGCAGCUGGCUCCAGAGCUUGGAGAUGCCUUGAGUUUUACCAGAACUACAGCACCAUUUCCACAUCUUUCUCCAGCAGAAGCUCCGACACAAAGAGCAGUAGAUCGUCUUGAGGCUUUGAAAAACACGCGGUCCGUAGCGCCAAUGAGCAUACUGUCCAGCAUGGACAACUGCAAAGACAAGCCUCCAGGACCCCAAGAGAUUUUCCAAGAAGACCUGCAACCUCCAGCGAACUCUGCUCCAGGGCCGGACUGCAAGGAGCCAUGCUUCCGCUCGAUUCGCUGCGAUUGGGAGGUCGAGCAGCUUACUCCAAAGCUGCGAGAGUACAUAGCUGCCAGAUUCAGCGAGAUGCACGAGAUGCCAGCAGACCCCGGGCAUGCGUACAUCAUUGUGUCGAUGCGGCCCCGAGAACGGCCCGGAUCCGUGGUGUCACCACUGCCGAUCCACUACAGUGUGGCUCGGGUGGACAUCAUCGAAUUCGAGAGGCUUUGUGGCCGCAGAGUGCAGGAGAUCCGUGCCCGACUGGACUUCUUCCAAAGGUGUUUGGAGGCCCUGCGAUCUUUGCUGGAGCGAGGGGCUGACAGAGAGGACUAUGCGCCUAAUAUGCUUCCUUACAGCUACAAGCCGGGCAAGGAAUUCGGCACUUUGCUGCAAGAAGUUGACGAAAAAAGCUUUGGCCAGGUGGAAGGCUUUCGCCCUUUGCUAGUCAUUGACAUGGCUGGUGCGGUGGGUAAGUACUCCGUCUUCAUCAAAGCAGCUGUCAAGCGGCUAAUGUACUCCUUCCUAGUUGCGAAAAGCAGGUUCAACAUCAUUUCCUUCUCGAGAGGGAAGGUGGUUGCAUGGGAGGACCAUUUGGUACCGCCAGUGGCGCAGAAGCUGCGAGAAGCUGAAGACUUUGUUGACAAGCUCCAGCCCGCCAAGAGGACAUGCAUCUUGCAGGCUCUUUGCUGGGCACUUCAAAGUGAUGCAGAUGCGAUAUACCUUUUGACCUCUGGUUUCCCCAAGUAUGCCGAUACCGACUACUGUCGUGCAGAGAUCCGCUCGCAAAACAAAAGACAACUGCCAAUUCAUGUGAUUGGAGUGCAGUGUGAGGCUGAAGCAGAGAUCGAACUGAGACGGCUGGCAGAAGAGAAUCGGGCCUCGUUUCGCCCCAAGACUUUCAAUGAGACGCUGUCAGCCGAAAAGUGUCUCGACCUUGUAAAUGCAGGGCGAUCUGCUGCCCCAUGUCAAAGAUUGCGAGAUCACCAGCUGUCCAUAGGGGGACAGGUUGACAUACUUGAGGUAAUGAUCAAGGAGCAAGAAAUCCAGACAACAGAUUGGCUGGAAGAACAAAAGUGUGCAAAUCGUAUUCUCUUGACUUCAGCCAGUCAGCAUCCAGUGCCAAAUGUUCAGCAGGCUCGAUAUGCUGCAGGGCGCAUGGUCGUGAAUCAACUUUGCCGCAAUCCUCCACCCCCUUUGCGUGACCUGCUCCAACCCCAGACACCGAAGUCUGCGAAGUCCAGAGUCACAGAGCUCUUCAAGACUUCACAGACUGCACCAAAGAGGUCUGAAAAGAGGUCUGAAAAUGUCCGACCUCCAUCUGUUCACAAUCCGUGGGACAGACCGAGUGGAAUUCUCAAGGUGUCUCAGGUGGCUUCGAAGGACAAGAGCCUCCUCCCAGCUCGAAAUGGCCAAGCAAACAAUGAAUCUCACUUCUACGAACUUGCUCGUUGACGGUUCACGAUCAGGUUGAAACCAGGAAAGGCUGGAAGCGUAGAAGUGAAACAGUACAUCCAACAUAUAA